GCUUUGUUGUAGCUUGCAUGCUUGUAGCGUGUCGGUGUGUUCCCGUUUAGCUUUAUCAAAAUUUGUACAAUUUAUUUAAAAUAAAGUAUUUUUUGCUUAAAAAAACAAUAUGCUUCGACGGCAGGCGCGAUUGCGCCGCGAAUACUUGUACCGCAAAUCAGCGGAAGACAAGCAAAAGAACAUUCAAGCGAAAAAAGACCAACUCAAGCGUAGUUUGGAGGAAAACAUUCCUAUUCAUGGUGAUUUAAGAAAGGAAGCACUUGCACUGCAGAAUAGGAUAGAGUACGAGGAUAAAGGACCUGAGAGAGCAGCCGUAAUAGGGGGCUACAGUGGUGGGGCUAACACACUCAACUCUCAAGAUGAUGAGUAUAGAUAUGCAGGCGUUGAAGACCCCAAAAUUAUGAUCACAACAUCAAGAGAGCCUAGUGCGAGGCUCAAGAUGUUUGUCAAAGAACUAAGGUUAAUAUUUCCCAAUAGUCAGAGGAUGAAUCGUGGUGGCUAUGAGAUGUCGCAGUUAAUACAUGCUUGUAAAGCUAAUGAAGUCACCGAUUUCAUUGUAGUUCAUGAGCACAGAGGGGUACCUGACAGUUUGGUCAUAUGCCAUCUUCCAUACGGCCCGACUGCCUCAUUCACUUUAUCCGGAGUGGUGAUGCGACACGACAUACCAGACAUUGGCCCCAUGAGUGAACAGUACCCUCAUCUGGUGUUCCACAACUUCAAAUCUGAUUUAGGAUCAAGAGCAAUGAGCAUACUCCGAUAUCUCUUUCCUGUACCUAAGCCAGAUUCCAAGCGAGUGAUCACGUUUGCCAACAAUGAUGAUUACAUAUGCUUCAGGCAACAUGUAUACAAGAAGGCAGGCAAAGAGAUUGAACUUUCAGAAAUUGGUCCCCGGUUCCAAAUGAAAUUGUAUGAGAUAAAGUUGGGCACUCUGGAGGCGCUGGACGCAGCCGAUACGGAGUGGGCGCUGCGGCCUUACAUGAACACGGCGGCCAAACGACGCUUCCUCAGCGACGAAGACGGCUGGCAGGAAGACGACCAGUUAUAAUAAUAAAUAUAGCC